GUAUGUUUUCUAUAUUGUAAUGUAAUGUUCUUAAGAAACUUCUUAACGAUAACAAAAAGGUUGUUACACUUUAGUAUAGAGACCCAUUCUCACUAUUAACUAGUUAUUUAUUAGCAUGCCUAUUAAUUAUACUUAAUGAUUUGUUAAUAGUGAGAAUUAAAAGUUUUAUAAUUGUCCUUAUUUUUUUUUUGUUGUGUGUGUUUUGGUAUAUAUGGUUUAUGAGUGCACAAAUGUGUAUAAUGACACGGGUACUACAACUUAAACAUGGCUUAUGAGGACACUUCCUGUGUAAAACAAAAGGGUUAAAAAUAACAUACUAAAUGUUUUAUGAAAGUUUUCUGUAAGGGGUAGGUUUAGGUAUAGGGUAAAAGAAAAUACAGUUUGUACAGUAUAAGAACCAUUAGGCCUAUGGAGAGUAAACCAUAAGUGUGUGUGUUGUGUAUGACCUUUUUUGCCAAAGUUUAUUUUAAUCCAGAUACAAAUGCUAAAUACGGUCAAAAACAUGUUGCUGUACUGCUUUAAAUCACACUCACACACACACACACGGAGCAAGCUGAUAAGAUGGGAAUGUUUGGAGCGGUUAGGGAGCAAACUGUUGUCAGGACUGUGAGAGAGUGAAUGAUGAGAAGUGUGACAUAAAGCAGCAGGUUGAUCUCAGCUGAGAAAACAAAAGUGAAGUCAGCGACCCUGCUGACAGAUGCUAGAACAAUCUCCUCUCUCUCCUUCCAUCUGUUGAACAUGCAGUGGAAGUUCUGCCCUCGGCAGACUGAGAUGGAUCUUUACGGACUAAAGGAGAUACUUCAUAAGAUCCGUAACUCCGUCAGCAAACUUCUGCACUGGGCUCUGGUGCACUUCACCGAUCUCACGGCUGGACUGCUGGCUCAUUUCUUGUUCAGACGCCAUUUUCACUUCCUGCUCUCUGUGCUGGUGAUGUUUGGACCCGUUCUGAGUCUCUGGGUCUCCAAGUACAGCAUAUUUGGCAACAAGAAUCACUACCUGUACAGGCUCUUCCUUCAUUCCUGCUGGGGCUGGACCUGUAUAUUAUGUGGCUCUUUCGUCUUUCUUCUCUCAUACUGCAUCAGUAACUCAUUCCUUCACUCGGCCCGUCACCUCUCUCGACUCACUGUGGCCGGGACGCUGUGGACGCUGUCCCGCCGUCUCCUCUCCUUCCUGGUGGACGCCUCCGGAAGCUGUUUCGCGCCUCUUCAAAGCCCCACAGAAGUCCACGGGACCCCCAGAGAGCUCCCGGAGUCUGACACAGGCCCUUUAUUACUGCUGAGAGGGGUGAGCGGUAAAGCGGCCUGCCUUAAUGCCGGCCUACGGUGGCAGGGAUGCGAGGUGUCCGAUGACAUCCUCGUUCUGAGUUUAUGCUGUUUGAUUCUCGCUGAAGAAAUGGGGGUCUUCGGGCCCUGCAUGGCUCUGGGGAAGCCCGUGGGGACGCCGCUGAGGAUAAUCUUCUUCUUGUGCGUGUUGUUGAUGAGUCUCUGGAUCUUCCUGAUUGUUUGCCUGCUAGCACACUUCCCGCUGUUCCCUUCCCAGCUGGUCGGAGGAGCUCUCGGGUAUCUGGGAUGGAAGGGCCUGUAUUAUGAGGGCUGGUACGUUUUAAAGCCCGGCUCGUGCUGUGUCGGAAGACCAAAAGCUAAUACUGCGUCAAAUGGGACGCGAACGUUAAGGAAAUGACAAAUUUAUAAAAAACGUACCGCUUUUAUGAAGAGGUGUUGGAGUCCAAAAAUAUACAUACCUUUAAUUAGAUACACAAAUUCAGGGUUGACCAAAGUCCACAGCUAUUUGAUUAAAAACACUUUAAAGCAGUUAUGUCGUGAAAUAUUAUCACAAUUUAAAAGAACUUUUUUACUAUUAUAUGUUUUUAAGUCAAAUUUAUUCCUGAUGGAUUCCUGAAACAAUUACAAACUUUUUUUUGUAACGUUAUGAAUUUCUUCCCUUUGUGUCUUUGCCAAAUAAAGUAAAUUUUUUAUUUUCAUACUUUUUACAGAUCCUAGACUCUUUGAACUUUUGAAACUAUAACAAUUAUAGUUAAUGUCAAAUUAAAGCAGUAUAAAUAAAUGCGCGUGGGUGAAAAACUAUAUAUAGUCUAUAUUUUCUGCUGCAAAUGAAUACAACUCUACCGAUGUUUGUUAAAAAGGAAAAUAAAUGACAUGAAUUUAUUUAACUUGGUAACACUUUCUAUGAAGUCUGUAUUUAUAGUUAUUAUAAGGGUAUUCUUAAGGCUUUAUAAUGAAUGCAUAAUGCAUUAUAAAUAUCUCUCUAAUAUGUUUUGUCAUCUCACUAAUAUUCAUAAGAACAGUUUUAAUGUGUUAUAUUUACUUAUUUGAGGUUAUAACUUUAAGAGUAUGAACAUUUAUAACAAUGAACACGAAUCAUCCACUUUAGUUACAAUGGAUUAUAUUUUGCAUAGUUAUAAUGCAUUAUAAGUCUCAUAUCUUGCCAUUUUACUUGUUACUUAAAUACAACUUAGAAGUAAUUAUAAUAACAAUAAAAAAAAAAAACAUUCUCAAACAGCCAUAAGAUCAGAUAUCAGAUCAGAUGAAUGUGUAAUAUGAUACAUUUGCUUUGAACAUUUUUUUAAUGAACAGUUUUAUUAUUUUGAUGACUAUAUGCUAACAAUUAAUUUUGAAGGUUCCUCAACAGACAUACUGAGUAUAGGAUACUUUGCAAGUAUGUGAACAUUGUCCCUACCCUACCUGAGUCUACUAAUACUCUUAGGUUUCUUCAAUCGAAAGUAUUAGCUAGCUCAUACUAGCCUCAAUAUCAGCCUCACUGGAAACACUCACAAGAUGUUGUAGGUACCGUGAGGAUCUUAAACAAUGUCAUAUGAUAUAAUCCAUUAUAAAAGUACACUUGUUCAUUGUGUUAUAAAUAAUUCAUAUAUAUAAUAAGUUAUAUAUUAUAUAUAUAAGUUAUAAUCAUAAAUUAGUAAAUCUUAUAAUGUAUUAUAAUUGUUUUUAUGAUUAUUCAUGAGAUGUUAUAUUAUAACGCAUUAUGCUUUAAUUAUAAUGUCUUAAAAAUGCCCUUAUAAUUCAUGAUAAAUACUGGCUUCAUUUUUCAUAUUUUAUUUGUGGAAACCACGAGUUGUCUUUUUUUCAGGAUUAUUUGAUGAAUAUAAAGUUUCUUCAAAACAGAAAUCUUUACUAAUGUCUGAAUUUAGGUUAUUUAUUUACCUUGCUGAAUUAAAGUAAUCAUUUCUGAUCUAAAAUGUUACCGAU